AUGACAAUGCUCAAUGAUCUCGUGGUUGCUUCGAUUACAGGAGUAUCAUCGAUAAAUUGCAUGUACUGUGUAAGUCAACUGGCUAAUCGGAAAAUCAAGCUCACAGAAUCAAACACGAGCGUACGAAGGAAACGGUCAGGCAGAUAUUGUCUUUUUCGCCAUUGCAGUGGACUCGUAUGCGCUCAAAAGUUAAUGAAAAGAAGAAAAAACAGACUUCAUUGUGUUCACCUACGCGUUUCUCAAGAUGUCGUUUCUGAUUAUUGGAAAGCGUGUUACAAAUCCAUGAAUAAUAGCGAUGCUAACGAUGAAAAAUUGCAACACGAGAACAGAGACACGGAAGAAAAAGCUAUAAAAGUCGUACAUGAAUAUAAAGGAAAAGUUUUAAACGUACACUAUCGCAAUUGCGAAGAAAAAGAAAAGAGAGAAGAUAUCUCGAACGAGAACGAUAAAUAUUUGGCAACAGAGAUUCGUUCGAAAUUGUGCACCGAUGAAAAGGAUAUAGAUUUGAAAUCCGUGAUUAAAUCUUCACCUAUCUGUGUUGAUAAUACUGAUUGUAAUAUCACCCGAUUAUCUCCACACGCUAUUAGAGCUAAAUGCGAUGAAAAGGAAAAUGAAAAAUCAAGAUGCGAUAGCGACGCGCUAGUUUUAUCGAAUCUGGCUAAUAAGGGUAUUUUUGAUUCUCUAGAAAAGAGGAACAGUUCGAGUAAAAUUAACAAAGUAGAUACAUCGCGGGAAUGCUCGUGGAAAACUACAAAUAAAAAGUAUUCGCCAAGCGACUCGAGCUUCAAAGAAACCAUUACUACGGACAAUCGUAUAGAUUCCUUUUUGCAUCACAACGCGCGGAAGAAAGAAACUAAAAAAAGAAUACAGAAAGAUUACUUGGAAACUGAUAAAACUGUGGAAUUAAAAUUGGCUCCUAAGUCGGAAAUGGAGAACACAAAGAAAGUUAAUUUGCAUCGUGAAGCACAUGUUAAUAACAUAGUAAAUAAUUUCUUGGACGAUGUACGGGUAUUUUCCUUAAAAGGAAAGCAACAAUACAAUUUAAAAUAUCCCGCAAAUAAAAAUCAAUCGGCUUCAGGAUUGCAAAAGAAAUGCCCGUGUCGGAAUACUGAUAUUAAUUCAAACGUGCAACAAAAAGGCACCUUCUCAGCUAGUUGGCACAAAAAUAGAAUGUAUCAGAGAAAGUCGUUAAAAUCUCCUUGUCAGAGAUGUUACAACACAAAAGUACGUAAUCCUUAUGGUCCGCAAUGGAGCAGCGCUAGAAAACCAUCUUUAUCGCAAUUACAGCCAUAUUUUUCGUUUCAACCGCAGUACAAUAUGCUAGAUACACGUUUAGAAUCUCCGAGAAAAAAUUACCCGUGUGAAUGUCCAAAGAUGAAGAAGAAAUUUGAUUCAAUGGCUGAUCAUGAAUUUGUCUUGUCUCGUGAAACUCGUUCGCUCAAGUACAAACCACAAUCGUUGCUAUCCAAAGAGGAACCGACUUUGGUCAUCUUUAGAAACAGUAAAUCCUAUAAAUCAAGAAAUUCAGCAAAUUCGGCGUACAGUUCAUCGAUCAUCUCUACCGACACUGAGGGAUCUAUUCAUGACAAUUUAGUUACAUGCCGAUGUUCAACUUAUAAGUCAUCAUAUUAUAAGAUGCCUUCGAGUGAUCGAUAUAAAUAUAUGUAUAGUACCAAAAUAGAUGCUACUUCCCCAUCUUUGUCUUCAUCAUCGAGUGUAUCAUUAUGCAAACGAUGUCAUUCUUUGGCAAUAUUGUCGCAAAAUUCUGUUUAUCAUAAACGAGAACCGAUUUCUUCCUCUUCGUACACGAAUGUUCAAAGGAAGAGGAAAAGAUACUCCAAAAAUGAGAAAAAAACAAGCACAUAUCUGUCUUCAACCUCGUGUUCAUGUUCGUUGUCGUCACUGUCAACAUUCAAAGAUUACAGUUUUGACGAAACAGACAGAGAAACAAGGCAAGGUGAAAAAUUGUGCUGGAAACCAAUAUCUCAUGCAGAGAAAAAGAAAAUAGUAUGCAGAGACGAACAUCACGUUAGAUGGAAUAUUAAGAAUACAUAUUAA